AUGGAUCCGUUUUCGUGUGGCCCAACGAUUGCUGCACCAGGGCACAGACCUUCCAGCAGACCAAAAUCUAAGGAGCUGAGCAAAGUGCGUAAAUGGGAUUCGGUGGAAUUUCCGUCCGAACAGACGGUCUACCUUCAUGCGCACAACAAUGGCGGUCCAUGGGAAGUCUCUGAUGAGCAGUGCAGGCCGGAUGGGAUAUGCAGUGAGAGUCUGGAGAGAGACAAUAUGGUUAUUACAACUUCUGCUGCGGACGAUCACAACAUAACGAACGGUCACAACAUAACGAAGAUCCUUUUGAAGACUUUCAAUGACGUAAAGAUAAGCGAUAGGAAUCCGACUGCUGGAUCCACAACUUUGCAUCCAGAAGAAACUUGUGUGACCUCUGAACUUGAACUGGCCUACGAAACAUCUGGUCCCACAAGUCUGUCUGACAUUGACGUCAUGACCCAUU